UAGUGAAAAUCGAUUCGCAACGUUCGCUAGCAGUGCAGCAAUCGGUAGUAUCGUUUUGUAAAAAGUAGUUUUUAAUAUUUGUAUGCUAUAAAAUCAUAUCUAUUAAGGAGUAUUUGCGGGCCAUAAACUGCAAAAUUUACGAAAUCAUAUUUCUUCAAUCUGCUGUAAGUGUGCGUCGUGUACAGUAAGAAAACGAGUUCCAAUUUCCACCCAUCCUGUGUGUGCGUUCAUUGAGUAGCAGAAAGAAGGAAUAGAAAAACAUCUGUGAUACAAGUUCCGUGCGUACGAGUGAGUGAAAGGGGAAACAUUCAAGAUCUCGAGAAAACGAGGAAGAGUUUGCAUUAUCGUUUUUCGUUUUUGAAUAUAAAAGAGAGAGUGUGUACGUAAAGUUUGAACUGUCAAAUAGUCUUUAGUGUUAGUGAUACAACGUCAAAAAGGUGUAAAAAGAAACUUUUUCGUCCAUCGCCGAACAAACGAAGCAAACGCGAAGAAAAUCAGCAGCGAAAGUGAUAUCCGUGGGUUGAGUCGACGACUGAGACGGAAUAAUGUCGGAAUCAAUAUCGAUGGAGUUGCAAUCGUCGAUGCUGCUCGAAACUUUACGGCAAACACCGACUAUACAGGAACAUCAACAAAAAGACAGCGGCGGAAGUAAUUUAACCACUGUUUCUGGCGAUGAAAAAGGAAAGGGAAAUUCCUGUUCCUCACUCCCAUCAUCCGACAGUGGCGGUGGUGGUGGUGCUGGAAAUGUAGGUAAUUCAGAUGGAAACAGUGAAAAAAGUGCAUUCGAAGCUAUGGAUCCGGCAAUUCUAUCCGCUACGGCACCGUCAGAAUUGGCACCAAGCGAUGGUGGAGAUGCCAAUAAUGAAAAGCUUUACUACAAAAGGUAUUCGGUAAACCAGCUGCUAGCACUUCGUAAUGUAGAGCUUUCCAAGAAAAAACCACCCUGCAUGAAGGAACCAAAGUCGGAAAAGCAUGCCAAAAUGUUCUUGAUGUUGGUUAAACAUUCGGAACCGCCGUUUGACGAGGAAAGUGGUAAUCCAUCAUCAUCUGCUGGAAAUUACGGAAGAAAUCGUGGUGUCUAUUCAUCGACUAAUGGUGGUGGUUCGAGUGGUGGAAGUGGACCCGCGACCAGUGGAAGUAAUGGAGGUGUCGGAACGGGUAGAAUGGAAAUGCGUAGAUCUGGUGGUUUGGAUAUACGUGACCCAAAAGAGAGAUUACGUAAAGAGGAUGGCAUUGUUCUUUCGCCUCAGCGCAGAUCUUUCAAUAUGGGUUGUCAGAUGCCCGCUGCCCCUGCCAGCGGCACGAACAGUCUCUCUAUCGGAAGCAGUUUGCUUCGGAACGAGCGAGAUAUUCUGGGCGGACGAGAACGGCGUAUUGGAAGCGGACGGAUUUUGUCACGAGAUGUCUCUUGGGAUUACCGUCCCGAUAAGGAUGUUAGUGAGAGCAAUGAUUUCCGUUCGUCCAAUAAUCUCGGCUUUCGCGAUCGUGAUCGGGAUGCACGUGAUUCUAGAGAUUCCCGUGAACCGCGUGAAAGGUCGGAACGCGAAAAAGAGUUCCGAAAAGAUUUUGACCGAGACCGCGAACGAGGCGGAGAUGAACGUUUUGAACGCCGUCAAAUUACUAGAGGAGAUCACGAUCGCAACGAGAAAGAUACUCGCCCAUCGCGCGUAUCGCGCUAUUCAAGUUCCUUCGGUUCCAACAAUGACUCCCACGGAAACAAUAACUACCAUUCCAACAGUUAUUCGUCUAAUCAUUAUCACUCCAAUCACCACGAACGUCGCAGACAGUACAGCGAUACUAAGGAUGAAGAACCAGAGUGGUUCAGUGAACCUACAUCCCAACACGAUACAAUAGAAUUGCGUGGUUUCGACGAUCCAUUACCGGAAGAAGACUCUAAAUCGGACAAAGAUAACAACCCUGAAGAGGGGAAUGCUGACCGCUUGGAUGCUAAGCCAUCGGAUAAGUCGGAUUCCAAGCUAAAACAAUUGACUGCAAAUCAAAAUGACAAAAAUAAUAAUCCCGAUCUACCACCGACCGACAGUGGGAACGAUAAUCAAACCGCAACGAAAGCGGCUUCCCCCGGAAACUCACUGCAGCAGGAUCGAACUCCUGGCGAUGGAGCUAGCGAAGGAGGACCAGGCAAAUCUGCCACUUCCUCCGCAGUAAAUCCGCUGGGGUUACCCGCUGGCGCCACCAACUCCAACGCAAUCGGGCAGUCGAAAAUAACGGACGACGAUUUCAACUUUGAGGACUUUAUUGUCAAUAUUGACAAUAAUUUGCUUUACCCGGACAUGCCCAGCAAAGAAAGUGGUGGUAGCGGAGGAUCACGAUUUUCGCAAUGGUUUCGCCAAGAGCCAUCACAGGCGCAAACUUCGCAACAAUUGGGACAACAAUCCCAAUCACAGCAAAAAUCGCAAUCUCAGUCUAAUCCUCACUUUGACAGCCGACGUUCAUCGCUGCAAGAUGAGAUUAAUAACAUGAUUAAUGACUUCACAUCCAGCGGACUAGACGAUCAUAUUCCGGACUCGAAUUCAAGCAAAUAUUUUGCUCCGAUAUCUCCGGCAGCAAACACAUCUUCCAAUUCGUUACUAGAACUGUUCCAACGUAGUGAAAAGCAGCAGCAUCUGCAACAUCGUGAGCGGGACAGAGAACAACACCAGCAGCAGCAGCAACAACAUGGUCAUCCCCUGCUAGGCAACCAUCCGGCGAAUCAUCCGGUUCUUCAUCACCAGCAACAACAACAACAACAACACCAUCAGCAAAUUCAGAAUCGCAACCUACAGCAAAUGCUUGGUGUCACUGGUGGAGGAAACAUGGGCGGUCAUGGACCCCUGGGACCUGUUCCAAAUAGUGGACCAAACGUAGGACAAAUCCAUAGCGUUGAAGAGCUUGAAGCUCGUUUUCGGCAAAAUGAUGUUGAGAAUAGUAACCGCAAUGCUCCGAAUACUGGUCCAACAAUCCCGAGAUUAAUCACACCAACCACAAAUGUUGACCAGCAGCAUGAGCGUGAUAUGAAUGCUUUCAAGAAACUCUUAGCUUCAAUUUCUGAAAAUCAGCCACACCCAACGCAUAAUGUACAACCUCCGGCGGGUGCUCAUCCGUCCCAUCAUCCAGCAGCCGUCAACCAUCCGGCGGCUGUUGGCCUAUUGCACCAACAACAGCAACAAAAUGAAUUGUUACAAAAAAUGCUGCAUUUGAAACAAAUCCACCAUUUACCCGCAAACGAUACCCGUCAAGCGGAAAUUCUCAAACGCCCGGAAGCUCAGGCUUUGCUGCAUGGGGUUGCUCGUGGAGAACUGUCGCAGCAUAACCUCUGGCAGCAGCUGGCCAAUCCAGCAACCGCGCAGCCUCAUCGCGAAAUCCUGUCAUCCGUCUUAAGCACCUUCAAUACCAGUCCUCGUGUAGUUUCGCCAAAUAUUUUGAUUCAGCCCAGCCCCGGUGGCGGCGCCGUUCCACUGCUACCACCGCAAGCUACCGUACCGCCAACUGCGGCAGCGGCCGCGGCAGCCGCAGCAGCAGCCGCUGCAGCUGCAAAUAAUGCCAAUCUACUGUUUCAACAUCACUCCAAGCAGCAGAUGCGUCUUUCUCCACUACCCAACGGCAUACCGCAACGCAUCCCGUCACCACGCGAGUUGCAAUUUCACACACAGUCGAUUAUGCAGAAUGCUCUGAUUCGCAAAAAGUUGGAAGAACAGCGAGAAAAUUAUCGUAAACGUCAGGAACAGCAGCAGCAGCAAAACCGCAAUCAACCGGAGACAAGCUCAUCAUCUUCAACGGCAUCCACCAAUACGACAACAACGGCAGGCGCUAUCUCCGCCAACUCUUCAACACCUCAGACCGGAAAUCAUUCGAAUGCCAACUCAUCCACUACGACAAUGGUUAGUUCUGCAUCAGCUGGUUCCACCAUCACUACUCCAGCAAUAGUGAAUGCGAUUAGUUCGCCCGCAAAACAAAAUCAAGGAUCCCACUCGCAGCACACAUCCUCACCAACCCCGCUAGCCUUCACACCAACCUCUGUCCUUCGUAAGAUGACGGCGGAAAAAGAAACCGAUCAACUGUCAUCCAACAGCAACAUUCUGAACGCAGGCAAUGCGGCUGCGAACAGUCACCAAAACGAACGUCCACUGAUCGGAGCAAACAGUCACAAUCCAAACCCGAUCUUGAUGGGUCCAAACAAUCCCUUGAACCAGCAGCAACAGCAACAACAAAGAAAUUUCAACGCACUGAUUGGUCAACCCCCACCCAUGCAACCGACACCGACACAGCCUCAAGGACCGCCUCCACAAUUACCCCCACCUCAUCAUCACCAUCCCCACCACCAUAUGGGUGGACCAGGUCACCUUCCCAAUCCAUUGGCUUCGCAAAUUUCCCAACAGCAGACUCCUCCACAGCAGCCUCAAUCCGCACACCAGCAACAGCAGCAGCAGCAAAUGCGUGGCAACCAUCCACCACCAGCCGGUGGACUGCCUGGCAAUAUUCCGUGGAAUCUUAAACAACCGCACCCAGGUCAACAAAUUACCCCAAUUCCGAAGCCUCAGGGAAGGCCAAUUUUGAAAGGAGGGAACACUCAACCGCAGCCGCCGCAGCAGCAACAGCAACAUUCUUCGCCAAUGGCUCAAAUAGCAUUUGCUUCAAACCUAGAAUUUCAGCAGCAAAUGCAGCAGUUCCAAAGCCGCAGUGGCAACCCAAUUCUUGGAGCACACCAGCCGCCCCAACAGCAGAUGUUACAACAACAACAGCAGCAGCAGGCGCAGCAGCAACAACAACAGCAGCACGCUCCGCACCAGAAUCCAAUGAACCCGCAUUUACAACAGCUACUUCAGCAACGUCAGCAUCAGCAGCAGCAACAGCGCGCCAUUCGUAAUCAACACAUGCAACAGGUUCCGCCCUCGUUCCGCAUGGGUCCCCAGCAGCAGCAGGCUCAGCCUGGUCAGCAUCCACUGCAAGGGCCACAACAGCAGCAGCAAGCGCCACCACAGCAGCCACCGCAGCAAGGUGGCUCCGGAAUCAUCAACUAUAAUCGUGAUGGCGCUCUCUCACCCACCAGUAACCAGCUGGCCCGCUGGUUCUCACCGGAACUGCUGGCUCAAGCUUCGGCCGGAAAGCUUCCUUCGCUCAACAUCAGCCAGGCUAUGAGUCUGGAGGAGUUCGAGCGCAACAUGCAGCAUUCCUCGGCUACGGUGCAUAACUGAACUUUAGCACGGCCGGUGAAUUUUUCACCGACUAAUAACGUUCCACAGCUGCAACAACCUCCGCCGCAGCCUCCCUGGAUCAGCGGGCCCGCGAUGCAACGAAUGUUAGAUUUACGACGGCAGAAUAGCUGCGUUACUAGCACUACCGCCAAUAAUAACAACAGCAGCAGCAGCAACAACAACAACAGUAACAACAAGUUCUCCUGCCGGCCCACUGAGUAAGUAAAAUUUACUAUGAUUGUCUAUCUAUAGAACCGCGCUACAAAAAGUCCACUAUCGCUUACACGUUUUUUGAAACAAAACCGAAGAUUAAUUCAGAAGACGCCAAGAUUAAUGGGAAUAAAUAUUGCAUAUGGUUUAGGCAAACAUCCAAAAAGCGCACUCAAUACACGUAAAAUAUAUGGCAAAUCCCGCUGUAGACUUUUGGGAAAAAUAUGUAUAGACAAAAGAUCAAUUCCUCCCGCCUCUGCUCUUCGAACAUGUAUUUUGACUCGUUCUAGUUAGAUAGAUAGCUCUUAUCAAAUGUCCACAAAUGCAUUCACAAAUUGGUGUGUGUACCAAUAAGACAAAACAAGCAAAAAAAAGAUCACCUGUCGCCAGUUGGACAGGAUUUGUACAAGUCGUUUGAAGUUGUUAAGUGUUUCUGCUUUGUCAAAUUUUUGUCUUAUAAGAUAACAUUUAGAAGUUGGAGAAAAUCGUUGGAAAGGAAGCAUGAGUUUUGUUUUCUAUACCGUUUUAUAAUCAACUUUUUGUUUUGGUGUCGCUGGGAAGUCAGUCUACUGGCUUUACCAGCUACGCUGGGUCAUCGUAAUAAUGGCUAGAACUUCUUUUUUUUUUGUAAACGGAACUAAAUUUUUCAUUGAUUAUAUUGCGAAAGAUUUUCUAACACAGUGAACUAAAUAAAAUGGGCUUUGAUUGUGGCAGCAAUAGUAAAUCGUCAUCAUCAGAUACUCUGCAAGCAUUUACAUUGUAGAAAUAGUUAAACGCCAUAGAAUUUAUUUGCUCUCAAUUACAGUAUGAAAUAGGUGUGAUGUCAAUUUUUAAUGUAGUUUUUAUUGUUGACGAAAGGAGAACACUUUUCUUCAAUGAUUUUUAUGGAAUUAGAAGUUGACGAAAAGUGAGUUCGGAAGUGGGAUUCUUCAACUGAAGAAUUGGCAAAAUGGCUAGUUGAAGAUUUUCAAGCCAUGCCAUGGAAACUUCCUAGUCGAGCGGUUAAGAGCACAGGAGAUUUCGUCGAUAAAUUAAAAAAAAAUCUGGCAAUAUUAGGGUUGACGAAUUGAUUAUUUCUUUUGUUGUAGCUGCGUUGCUCUACAAUGUUCCAGAGAAUGAAGUUUUGUCUCUUUUCGGAGAAUUAGGAUUCGGAAUUAGAAUUUAUAUUCGAGACUGUAAGAUUGUAUGGUUAUAGUAAAAGGACCAUACAAGCGAUUCUCAAUAAAAAGAGAAGAACCUAAUACAACCGAAAAGCUUUUACAACAUAUUUCUGGAGUGGAUAAAGCGAACAAUCAAAAAUGAUUACCCGUAUCAUUUCAUGUCCAAAGUAGCCGAACACAGUGUGAAGGAGAACCAUCCAAUAUCUCGUGAAAUUUGCAGUAGCUCAGAUUCUUGCUCUUUUUGUAAAUUGAAGAUGGAAUGGUUUGUAUCUUCCACUUAAUCCUCCUGUAACGGCACUUUUUCCCACCAAAUAUUGGCUAUUAUCCAGUUCGGCACACUAGUCAAUGCAAUUCUGCCCUCUUUAAUGACUCACUUCAUAGAUUGGCCGACGCCACCCCCAACGGCCUUACUGUUUUUUAGCCAGCCAAUUUUCUCCUUUUCCUGCUAUAGAUCGUAACCUAUCGGCAGUAUUCCAAAGGUUUCCUGUAAUGGCUUCAGUUUAGGUGAGUUUCUCCCCGAUUACUCCACGUGUGAUGUACAAAAUGCAACAGCACGUGUAUUUUACUGCCUUAUUGGUCCAUGUCCGGCUCGUUGGUCCGGGGACACCUGACGUCAACGAUGAAAUCUCUCUUAUGAACUUUGAUCAACGUGCCCACCCGAAAAGCUGCGGUUUCAGCAAUAUAAGCUAGCUGAGGUGAACUGACAAAGAUGAUUUAGCUUCUAUGUUGGAUUACAUGCUUAAUAAUGCUGAUACAAUUUCAGUCAGCCUCAGAGUUAAGAGUUGUUCAAAAUGUUCAGCCUUCAGCCCAUCUUUUUAGCGUCUUAGCAUUCAGCUAAGUAUCCAAAUCCAAAAGGUGACAAGAAAUGGGGUCCCUCCACAGUCUUCAAUCAUAUCAUACUGAAUUCUGUUGUCGUCAUCGUCGCCAUCUGCAUAGAGCCGGGGUAGCUACUUUAAGCAGUCGUCUUAAUUCAAGUCGAUCAUGGGCCACUCGUCGCCAAUUCCGCUGUCGUCUCAGUAAUCGCAAAUCGCUUUCGAGUUGAUGGAGAAAUCUUGCACGGUGGGUCCCCCCCCCCCCCUGUUCGUGGUGUCAGUGGGGUUGGUGAUGAGAACUGUUUUUGUUCCACUGCCGCUCCACAGAUGUGCUUGGAAUCUCUCCAAACAGUGCCUGUAGCUCGUGGUUCAUACGCCUCCGAUCCACUCCGGUUUCAGCUUGUACCCCGCUAAAUAUUUCACUCGAACACGACAAGGGCGCAGAUGUCUUUCGUGAACAUCGCCACAGCUUCAAAUUCUUAAAGAACUAUCGGUCUAAUGAUGGUUUUUGUCGUCGCCGUUAGCAGUUAGCAUCUGUGAGAGGCGCACGUUUACCUCCUUUGAGCCUGUUCCUUUCAAGUUUUUAGUCUUCGGUGCAGUUAUUUUGAGCCCAAUCUUCAUAGACCCCGCUUUCAGUCGGCCUAGAUUGCCUCCGCCGUCGCAAAGCUCUUGGCUAUAAUGAUGAUAUUAAAGUCAUUUGCGAAGCCUAUGAGUUGGCUACUUUUAUUGAAAAUCAUACCUCUUGCUUCGAAGCCCGCUCGUCGUACCACAGAAUGAAUAGCAUGCAGGAUAAGCCGUCAUCUUGUCUCAAUCCUCACCGUAGGUCGAAGAGACUCGAAGGUCAGUUCGUCCGGAAAACUGUGCUCGUUCUGCCAUAACUGGUCCCUUGAGGAAAGUACCUUGUAAGAAACGUUUACCAGCGUUAUGCUGCGAUAUUUGCAGCAGUCAAGCCGAUCAUCCUUUUUGUAGAUGGGACAAACAGCUGCUUCCAUCCAUUAGUCCGAUAGCUUCUCGCAGUGUAAAGCUGCUAUUAGCGUCUCUCGGUCAUGUUUGUCAAGAUCUGCUUGUUGGCGAUCCUUUACGGCUUAGCUUUGUAGGUCUUCGGUAUUCCAAUUUCUCGUUUGACUUCCUGGAGAUCAUGCGCAUUCCUAGGAUAACUUCCGUUCCACCUCCUUCUGCAACUUCGCCAUUCUACCUGUCGAUCGGCUUACUCUUGAUUGUGAUCAGAUUCCCUCCUUCAUCCCAUAUCAGUUUUCGGUAGGUUACCCCUAACAAUCUUAGUUCACUUUCUCGUAAAACCUACGCUUGUCAUUAGCUCGGAAUAGUUGUUCCAAUCCUUUACCUCCUUCUGGCACUUUUUACUCCUCAGGAUCGUAGUCAAUUGGUGCCUUGCUCGUCGGUACUUGACCAAGUUCUCCCUGGCGUCAAUGCUCAGAUCAUUUUUAGGGUCAUUUUUUCCUCUCCGCCGCUAGUUGGCAUUCCCCAUCAAACAAAUCAUUCAGUAUAUUUCGGUGAUCUUCACCUAGUACCGCAGUACCGACCUCUCUAUUCUGCCUCAACCGUCGUCGAUGGUUGAAGCAACUUACUCCUUUUUUUUCCUUUCCUGUAGAGCCAUAUCACAACUGCAUCCAUUGAUAUGGACUAUUGUUGUAUGACCCAUGUUUGAUUUGGUGCUAGUCAAAUAUCCCAUCACAAUUAAGGUGUGAAGAACUUACUCCUUGAAAGAAGGCAGUGCCUCAUCCAGUAUUUGAGCGUAGUUCUGGACAGAUUGCGGAUUAUGUAGCUGCCUAAUGUUCAGCCGACGAGGACGGCUUUGACUGGUAUACGGUUGACAGUUUUGACCGCUCAUAUAGUGCUGCUUGGUAAUGGCCAGAGUUAUCCGCAACCCGUAGGGAACGUAUGUUUGUGAUGUUAGAGAAGAACCGGCCAUCUAUGAGAACGUGGUCAAUCUGGUUUUUUUGUACGAUGGUCAGGUGAUCCAGGAGGCAUUGUGAAUAUCUUUGCGCUUCAAAGUAUGUUCUCAGUUCGUUAGUAAUUCAAUCAUUCUGACAACGCUGGCUCUUUUCUUCCAAACCGCUUCUCCUUUGCAACACGUUUCCUACAGCAGAGCUACGAUGCCAACUUUGCGGGGUUCAAGCUGUUCGAGCAGCACCUGGUCGCCACAUAGAUCUACGAAAUUCAGCGAUCCGCAGUUCUAAGUAUCAAGUUUCCAUUCAUCGACCUUGUUUCGUCGUUAGGGUCAAUGCCGAAAAUUUCAAUGCGUGUUUGCUUGAAUGUACGUAGUACUCAUCGUUUAGGUAGGUUGCCUUACUAGGGCCACGGUGCCAAAUGUCGUGAUGGGACUCUCAUCUUAGCUUUAGUGCCGAGACAUCAUGUUUCCUAAGUCAACUACCCACACCGGGUCAGAUGCUGUUGUGUGCCGCUCUCUCCUAACCUGUAGUUCUGGCGCUCACUGGGUUUGGGAAUGUAGAACCGUCAAGAGUCACCCCUGACAUGAAGACAGACGCUCAUGGCUAGUAGGGCUUCUCCUCGUACUGACACUUCGUAUGAGUGUCUCCUUCCCUGUCCGUAUACGACGUUAAUUUCCAACAGGGUGGGUUACUGCAUCUCCACAAAGGUUCUUCGUAUUCCGGCUCGUACCACGAGGUACUGAGAUCCACUGUAGGGUCUAUUUUAUUCCGCAGGUGCGCGAGGCAGGGAUGGUUCGAUCACGUUGACUCAAUUUUAAUUCAUUUGACAACACCGUUUCAGCCGCGCAAAAUUUGACAAAGUUAUAUAUGGGACAUUUGUAGAACUAGUUAGUAUCUACAAUUUUGCUGAAUAAAGUUUUGCUGUAAAGCAUGGUACUGGCUCCAGGUGCGUAAUGAAGCCUCUUGCCUGGUUCUAGACGGCGAGAUUGGUUGAAAUAUAGUAAGCGCAUGAAUAGCAAAAACUGUGAAAACUUCAGCAGCAUAGAUAAUAAGCAGUUUGCUCACUCUUUUCGCUCAUAAGUCCACUCUCUCUUGCCGAGAUGAACUAUCUAUUUUCAACAAUCGCUUAAGGUGCAGUGUCACACAUAUGUAUUCGAACAAAAACAAAAACAACAACAGCUUAGUAGUGUAAUUGGUUAAACAACACGCUCAACUAGAGAUUGGGAACUGUGAGUUCGACUCUCACCUUUGCCAAGUCUAUAUUUUUGGCCUAAUACCAAGAAUUUUCAGUUUGCCUGAAUCUACAUUUUUCGCAUUAAGCAUUUAUUCUUCCCCAACAACAAAAACAAAGUCAUAAAUUUUUGUAAAUAAAGGCUUUAUUUCGAAUUUUAGUUUUAGAAGUUGUUUACCCAUAGAUACAGAACGCAACAAACAAACAUUACUCUGUUGAAUCGCCUUUUGCGACGAAUACGCUCUCAAACAACCUUUUUGACCUCUGCAGCUCUAACACUUCGUUUUCCUCCGAUUGUUUACGGUUUUCAACAGAUCCCGUCUUGACAAAUUUUUCUCCUGUCCAAAUCCUCUUUUUAUGCCGACAUGUUUUAGGUCACGAAAAACAGUGCCGUAUGUAGCACCGUUUCGGAAUUUAUUUAUUACCAACGACCGUAACUCAAACAUGGCACGUGCACACCGAACGAGACACAAUACGGAAAUGAAACUACGUCAAGUAAGAUUUAAGUCAUGAUGACUCACACACAUGAUCUUUGUUUGAUUGGACCAAUUGUGUAUGUCGUUACAAGCAUAAAAUGAUUUUUGUUCGAAUAUAUAUAUAUAUAUGUGUCACACUGUACUAUCGUUUUUUUCAACAGUAACUUCGCGUAACUUUUCAAAGGGACUUAAGUAACAUUGAGAGACUCUCUUUGGUCUCACUUCCUUUCGAUUAUUACGGCGACAUUAAUGCAUUUUAACAAAAGCUAUCUUGACGAUUAGCUAGCUUGUGACAGCAGCAACCGAUUUAUGCAAGGCUGAUGUUUUAAAGUGCAUUUGCAUUGCCGUGGCAACCGAAAGAGAAGAGGCACAAAGAGAAUAUCUCAUUGUUACUUAGGUCCUUUAGAAAAGAUACGCGAGAGUUCAUAAAGAGAAUAGAAACCAAAUAAGUUUGUCAUCGGAAAUGAAUUUGUGGUAUGGUAACGUACCAACUAUUUCAUACUGUAUAAUCAAUAGAUGGUCAAAGUCACCACUAACGAUCAAAGUAUGAUUGCCAAGUAGCAACUCGAGUUUUAUUGCACUCUUAUUGCCAGUUUAGUGAUCAACUUUAAUUACUGUAACUGUUAUAAGGGCGCAGUAAAACCUAUAUUGUUACUUGGGUUAUUAAAGUUUGUGUAAAAAAGCUCAUAACAUGUAAAAAUUUAACAAAAAUUCAUUUUUUAUUUGUUUCUUAACGCCACUUUACUAAAUUUAUAUAAAUCUGACGCUAGUUUUCUGGCUCAGAACCACAGCAAAAAUUUGUGUCCGUUCAAUAUUCAUUUGGCUGUGUGUUUAAUGUAUAAAACAUUGUUCGAAAAAUGGCAUGUAGAUGGUGUUGUCGUUUUUGUGUAUAGAUCUUUACUGCAUCAGCCAAGAAUAUUUUUUGUUUUGGAAAUUGCUUGUAUUAAAGGUUUGGCAAGCCAUGCAUUAUCCAUCAUUGGAAAGAUUAUCCAAUAAUGCUUGUUGUGUACAUAUGUGUAGGAUAAAAAAGCAUUGCAAAACUGUAAAACAUUUAAACAACUCCAGCUCGGGAGUCGUUAUGCCUCUCUCGAUGUACAUCAUAGAAAGUUUACAUCGAUUAUGCGCAUGGGAAUAAAUGAGGACAUUUGUAAUAGUAUAAAAUGAUAGAGUAAAAGUAGGUUACUUAUUCUUAAAAAAAAAAACUAGAGCUUGGAUAUUCUACAAUUGUGAGCUCUAAAAUGAUGACCGUACAUUAAAGGAAAACCUUAAUCAGUUUAACUGUCUAAAAGAUAAAGCGAUAGUGGUUGUUAAAAGAAACUGUGAGAUGCUAAACUAAACUAUUGACAAAAAGAAACGGGUUCACAUUACAUACAUUUGGCAAUUAAGAAACACUUUCCAAUAUCCACUGUAACUGUUUGUACUCCGUCUUCUAAUCUAACAAGUGUUCGUACGUCUCAAACAGCAAUCUUGUCCAUUGACUGUUGUACAUAACUGGAAAGGAUUCUUAGUAUCAGUAUGACUAUUGCACUAAAUUCUGUACGCUAUUUGCCGCCAAGUCAGUUCCAAAAGCAAAAUAUAGUGCCAAGGUGUUGUUGCUUUGCUUUGAAUUGGCUUUCAAUGCAGCAUAUUCACAUGAAGCAAGAUAACCUUUACACAUUAGACAUUUUUUGAGACUGUAUGUAACUUGUUUGUUACAGUUCAUAGGGAAAUUACCGAUUACGGACGGACGGACCGGUUAAUGUUCGAAUAUUGUGCAAAUGUGAACCCCGUGGCUAACGGUAGGAAGGUUGUGUUAUUAAAGGAAUAAUAAAGGCUAGAUAAAUCGGUAUUUGCAGUCGAUCUGUUACCAACUGCUAUUGAAUGUUGCGCCCUAUUGUAUAGCAACGAUUCGAAUUAAACACAAACAUUACAUAUAUUCAACAAAAAAACUGAUGUAAUUAAACGCAAACUGUGUCGUGUAACGGUUAUGUGUUAUGUGUACCAACAAAGCAAAAAAAAAUGCUGAAGCAGUAGCAUGUGUACAUCAAAGUACUAUUCGAUAAAAUUAAUUGUGUAAGACAGUUUACUCGUUUUAUCACUAGAAUAGAAGAAAAAUACAGUUUAUUUGUUUCUGUACAGGUGCAUGUGAUUCCGAUAUACUAUCAUAAAAUAUUUUUGUUCGUAACGUCGUAUCUUGAUAUGCCCAAGCAUAAUCUUCAGUUAUACUGUAACCCUCGACUAGAUAUUUCCGGGAUAACUUGGCCCUAUUUAUCUGUUUUUGAUUGUGAUUCAAAACCAUACUGUUAAGUUCUCAACUAAAUUAAAAAAAUAAACUAUUUUAUUGAAACAAUCUUGUAACCUUCCCCUUAGGUUAUAGCCGUAACUAUUAGCUGUUUAAGCCUGAUCGACCUAGACAACAUUUAGCUGAUAAGCAAAAAUAAUAAUCUAAAACUAAAGUUAUAUUCAUAAAAGUCACGAUAUUAAGAUCGCUGUAUAAUAGUGAACGAUAGAGUAGCAGAAAGAAGACACAUGAACCUAUAAAUGAGAACGCUAUUAAACAGAAACAAAAUGCAUAAACCGCAAAACAAACCGCAAAAACACUUGGUUUAUAAAUAGAAACAACGCCGCUAGUAGAGGACUGUGUGUAGUUUCGUAAAAAAACAUUCAAGCUGAAGCUACUAGUACUACUACCGCAUAAGCUACAACGCUGUUUAAAGCAGCAACCAAACACUUAAACCUUCAGUGAAAAAAACAUAAACUGAGCAUGUAAAAAAUAAAAGUGUUGUUUGGUGGUAACCUACAAAAAAAAACUAGAAAAUGGAAAGCAAACGUUUAGAAACUACACAAAAAAAAGUAAAUGCUAUGCAAGUUGAAGAAAAAAAGAGAAAAAUAAUUAAACUAUUAUAUG